CGAUUUAAAUCGGCACUUGGCGAUUCGGUCAUGGAGUUGGCACAUCUCUUGUAUGCUUUGGCGGUGACUGUGCUUGGAUGUGUCUGUUUUGGGGCAGUUUCUGCAGCUGAUAUAAUCAGGCUACGUCUUGCAGACGGGCGUUACCCAAACGAAGGUCGCGUAGAGGUCCUCCCAGCAGGAGAAGACUCAUGGGGAACCUACUGCUCCAACGAUAACCCGUUCCACGUCGGCCGCGUAGCGUGCCGUCAACUCGGCUUCCCCGCCCUACUCUCUGCAACUGCCACCGGGGAGUUUGGCAAGGCCACCGGUCCCAUUUGGUUCCAGCAGAUUUCUUGCAGCCAAGGAGCGCAGCCCGUGGUGACUCUAAAUGACUGUUCGACAUCAGGAUGGUUGCCGAGUUACGUGGUGUGCGAUCACAGAUUCGAUGUAGGCCUUACCUGCUUCACAGGCAACCUGCGCUUAGUCGGAGGUCGAAGCGAGACUGAGGGAAGAGUGGAGCUUCAUAUUGGGGGAGAUGAGUGGGUGCUGUUAUCGUUCCGAGGGGGGACGAACUUUAUGUACUCCGACAGUGUCUGCCAGUACCUUGGGUACCAAUUCUCAGUUGGGGUGACACGAGAACCAGCGGUAAACAACAACCAGAAGAUAUUGUGUUCCUUUUCUCACUGCCCGCUUUAUGACGGAUCAAGGGGAUUCUUUCAAUGCCUGGAUGAGCUAAGUCUGGAUCUCUGCACAGAUAAGAACAUCACCUUACUCGGAGCAGUCUGCGCGACAGAAACUGAUGUACUUCCUUCUGACGCUAGCUUCGAGUAUCGUCUAGGCUAUACUAGCAACGGAUCCCAAUACAUGGGCAUACUAGAAGCCAGAUAUAAUGGUUCCACUUGGGCAACAGUUUGUCUGCAAGUUGUCAACGUAUACCGGGCGGGGAUUGUUGCUGACCAAGCAUGCCGUAGUCUGGGGUAUCCCUGGGCUUUCGUCUCAAAGCUGAUCCCAUACUCAGAGUCCCCUGGCUACGUCAGCACCGGAGAAGAGCUGAUUAUGAGGGAGCUUUUCUUGGGUUCAGCUCAUGGCGAAGCACAGUGGGUACGAGGCCAGAACGCUUGCCAGCGUCAUGAAUAUGAACUCCUUCACGUCGAAUGUGAAACAGGUGUAACGAUGUACGGCCUGACAGUGUUCCCGUGUUCCAAACAGACAUGUCUUGGACGCUGUGGAAGUCCCGCUACCAACGAACUGUGUGGAUGCGAUGCUGUCUGUUCCCAGUGUAACGACUGCUGCUACGAUUACAAGGAACGGUGCUCUCUCCAUGAAGACCCAGACAAUCACACAUCACUGUCAUUAGGCUCAUUCACUUGUAGAAUCGUUGAUAGGAAUCGGGUUGUCGUAGUGGACGGAUGUAGCCCAGGUUGGAAUGACACUCAAGUGGCUCAGCAGUGUGCCAAUAAUUCCUACCCAGGUCCGAUAAAAUACCAAGAGGGGAUAUUCUUCAAUAAUUUACUCUGUGCCGCAUGUAACGGCUUCAGCUUCGAGAGCUCAGAUCUGAGCUCAGAUCUGAGCUCAGAUCUGCUAAACGACUUUAGUUUUUACCAGAUUGAAGAAUAUGAUGCAGGGAUUGAUGAAUGUCCUUUGAAUUAUGUGAACCUAGAGAUAGCUCUUGGAUGUCAGUCAUACUCUGCAAUUAUCGCAACAUCUGAUUGGUUGAUGUACAAGAAUCCACACUGUGCAUACUGCAACGGAGUGAAUAUCUCUACCUUGGAUUACUGUCCGUUGGUGCGUUCGUCCGUUUUCCCAGCCCAUUUUGAAGUGCUUUUGGGCAGGGUACCUGAACCGUGGGCUCCCGAAGCAUCCACGAGUCUCCAGCUGCAAGACGAAAUCAAGUGCCAUAACAAGCACUACCUACUGCACGUACUGCCAACGCACAGAGGGAAUUCUUCAGUGAUGGAGGUUACACAAUGUUACCUAAACACACUCGGCUGGCAGAACAUUCAGCUGACAUGGCCUUUCUAUUCUUCAUUUAUCGAUCACCAACAACAAGCAUUUGCUGGAGAAAUGACAAAGCUGAUCACUGAAUAUGUCACUAAUAUCACAGAUUUCGAGGAAAUCUUGGACCUGACGGUUGUGCCUCCAUACGAGGAAGGUAGCUCCAGGGAAUGGAUAGUCAGAUGUGGAGUUGAGCAGGUUGAUUUUGUGGAGGUAUGUGGCACAGCAGAGAACGUGACUAUCAAUGGAACUGUCACUGAAUUGCAUUGUGAGCACUCCACUUUUACUGCUCGGGCAGCAGAUACCAGGGUGUUCAGCAUGGGUGGAGUCCAGGUCAUUUAUGUCGGUGGCGGAGUGUUUGUUGAAGCGAAGUCAGUUUCUUUCUUUCGUAGCUACAACUAUCCAAUGGCUGUCUUCAAUGGCUCAGCUAAAGACACCAGGGUAUCUGUAUGCGGACAAACGUUUAAAAACGAGGAGUGCCGCCUACUCCGUGCUGGAGAAACAAAGGCUGUGAGAACAGAAGACGGUGAACCAGGGCUGGAGUACAAAGGGAGAAAGUUUUUGCAAGACCAAGUAACGUACCUGCCCGAUGGUUGGAUCCUCAUCUGCUCAAGUAUCUUCUCGGCUCUACAAGAACCAUACAUUUCAUUCUCAGACCCACUUACUGUAGUGAAUUUCAUUGGUUACUGCUUAUCCGUCGUAGCUCUCUUGGUAACCUUCACCAACUACUGUGUGUUCCCAGUUCUGAGGAACGUCCCCGGUAGUGCCAUUAUGAGUCUGACUGCUGCCCUGUUCUUGGCUCAGCUUCUGACCCUUACCGUAUUGGACAAGGCGGAGAACCAAACAUUCUGCAUCAGUAUGGCCGUCUUGAUGCACUUCCUAUGGUUAGCUACCUUCACUUGGAUGAAUGUUCUAGCCUUUGACCUCAUGAGGACCUUCACUUCCAGACAAGCUGCUCGUCCCAACAAGCGAGUGUUCUUCACUUACUGCCUGUACGGAUGGGGCUUACCGCUUCUGGCUGUCACCACGUGCCUCGUUAUCCACUUCGUCGACGGUCAGCAUGUUGGGUUUCAGUAUGGUGGAGAGCAAUCCUGCUGGGUGAUCGGCAAAUACGCGGUGCUUGGUGCGUUUAUAGUUCCGAUGAUAUGCAGCCUGACUGCUAACGCAGUCCUGUUUGGUUUGACAGUGCGUAGCGUGCACGCAUCGCUUGCAGCAGCGGCGAUGGUUCGGCAGGACAAGUCCAAAUCACGGGAGACGCUUGGAGAGCUGUGGAUUUUUUUCAAGAUAUCUUGCGUUAUGGGGUUCACCUGGCUCUUCGGCUGCCUUGGUAGCUUCAUUGACCAUCAAGCUAUUUGGUACGUCUUCGUCAUCCUGAACUCGCUACAGGGCGUUCUCAUCUUCGCGUCUUUCGGAUGCAACGUCCGCAUCCGGAAUCUUUGGAGGGACAAAUUGGGCAUGGAGGCGCGAAGGAAGAACAAGAAAGCUCGGAAUAGCUCCAACAUCUCAAGCAGUGCGACGCGUCGUACCUCUGCCGAAUGUCGCGCUCAAACCAUGGCGUCAGAAUCCUCCAUAAGAUUGCAGGACGUUCAAGUAUCAACUCAAAAUUAAUAUUUGAAUAUUCAUGAAUUAUUAAAGAAUGUGGAGCUCGAUGUUACAAGGCAUAAGUAAGCCUUUUGAUUUUUUUUGUGAAUGUAAUAAUGGUGACGUUUAAUUGUCGUUAAUCGUCUUGGUGAUUAUCACUUUUCUUCACAAUGGUAUGAUAAUUCCUGAUGCGGGCUUAGUUAUUAUGCAUAUAAUGCAGAUGUGUGCACCUACGAUGUGUGCAUCUCAGAACAGAAAUGUGAAAAAAUGUUGUACAGAAGUACGGAAGCCAGUUCGUGCCAGAUUUUAACUAAGUGAAAAUAAUAUUUUUAUUACGAAAUAACGCAAUAAAUGUAUUGCGAAAUAACGCAAUAAAUGUAUUGCGAAAUAACGCAAUAGUUUUGCGAAAUAAUGCAAUAGUAUUGCGAUAUAACGCGAAAGUAUUGAGAUAUAGCGCAAUAGUAUUGCGAAAUAACGCAAUACUUAAUGCAAAAUAACGCAAUACCUAUUGCGAAAUAACGCAGUACUUAUUGCGAAAUAACGCAAUACUUAUUGCGAAAUAACGCAAUACUGUCGUGUACAAACUUCAGUUUGGCCUUUAUUUGUCCAUUUGAUGAAAUGUUCUUGAAGUUCCUGUCCGUCGUUGUGUUUUUAUCCGUUGUGCUCUUGUCGUGGUACGGUUUUGCUUGAAAGGGGCGGGGUGCUGAAAAACACAAGGCCUAUAAUUGAUCUUGUCAGAAAACGUUGCCGUAAUAGACAUUUCUGUGGCAUAUUUGCCCCGGGGGGGAGGGGCAACAAGUUUUAAGGGCUUUAUUAAGGGAAUAACAGUGUGAGGAGCCGGUCUUCACUGCGUGAUAACGGGUGUGGGGGUGACCGCUGUUAAUGGACCGAGACGAAGUCGAGGUCCAUUAACAGCGAAUUGUACUGAUACAGAAAUUGUACUGAUAUAAUGAUAUGUUUUGAGGAAUGGUUGUUUGGGUUUGGGGGGGGAUGCAUCAAUAAUACGCUCAAUAUUCCACCACGCUGAAGAAAACUAAUACAUUUAAACGAAUGAUAAUUACAUAAGAAUGAUUUUCCAACUUUAAAAUGUUUUCCCCGCAAUAUUAACCCCCUCCCAAAAUUACAAACCGGUCCAUUCAAUUUCAAUUGAUAAAAGGAUGCCUUGCAUCAAGAUUCACUAAAGCCGUAUACUGAUAUUAAUUAGAAAAGUGUUUUUAAGCAUGUCAAAGAACUGAACGAAUUUUUAAAAGUUUUUAAAAAAGAACUGUACUUUUAAGUCACCAUUUGUUCUUAAAGCUAAAAUGUGUUUUUAUGGGGGUCACUUGGCAGUGGUGGGUUAUGGGGAUGGUUGGGAUGAUUAACAAUCAUCUUCCGUCCGGAAAAAAUGACAACUGGGUAGAAAAUCCCAAUGUUCCCUAAGAUUCGUGAAAUAACACUCGUCAUACAAUCUCUAGUCACUGCUUUAGGUCUUUGGUCCUAUUUAUUACUUGUCCUCCGCUAACCCCCUUUACAUAUCCAAGAUCUUCAAUAUUCCUGUACUAUGGACACCCAAUUAAGAUGGUUUCAGUUUAAAUUUUUAAACAACUUUAUCUGUCAGAAAAUAUGACGUGAGAAUUUGCCUAUAAGUAGGGUUAAAGUAGGCCGAAGUAGGCCUAUAGGUUCAAUCAUUCGGACUCAUGCAUUUUUUCGCAAAAAAAAAAAUUGGGUUUAUUUAACAAACACUAUUGCGUUAUUUCGCAAUACUAUUGCGUUAUUUCGCAAUACUAUUGCGUUAUUUCGCAAUAAAAAUAUUUUUUAUUUUUAAAACCUGGCACGAACGGUUUCCGUACGGAAGUCAACAUGUGGAACCAAAAGUUUAUUUCUUAUUAAGUGAUUUAUAUAUACUGAUCAAGCCUUAAUAUUCCGUUAUUGUACAGUUGUAGAUUUUGAUGUAUGUAACCAUAGCAUAAAAACCUAGUCUGUGUUAGUUUCUUCUAAACAUGUAAAAAAGAAAUGUAUUGGCAAGUGCAUAUAUAUUUAUUGAUAAAUGGAACGCCAAACUGAAUAUUGACUUCGAUUUUUCGAAAUGGUCUUUUAUUUUUGACCUUCCAUAUUCCUGUACUAUGGACACCCAAUUAAGAUAGUUUCAGUUUAAAUUUUUAAUUAAUUCAUCGGAUUCUUGACACUUAUUGUUUUUUGUUUAAAAUGAAUAAGACGAACACCAAUUUGCUUGCAUCCUGUAGUAAUGGUGGGUCUUUUUCGUUCCUGUACCCAUACAAUUUCUUUUUGAUCCUCGGUAUUGUCAUGGACUAAAGAGAAGACCAAUCUUUCUAUUGCAACGUAAAAUGACGUUUUUCAAUUCGGUAAUAUCAGUGUUAAUAGCAUAGUGGUUAAUUUGAACUUGUUGAUUUGUAGAUUUCGUGUGUAUACAAUGAAAAUGAACGGGAAACACCCGUCACUUUUAGUUUUAAAAAGAGUUACUAUUUGAUGGAAAAAAAUACGUUUUACACUAAACGGAGUUAGUUUGAAAUUUAAUCAGAAAUGGGAAUCUUUCUUGAUAUAAGGCCAAGGUUAACUUGCUUUCAGUAUUAAUGGAAAGUGAAGUCGAAUUUGUCAUAUAUAAAAUGUUUGUGCAGAUAUCAAGAAGAGAGACAGUGAACAAUGAAUAUAGGAAACCCUGGGAUAAAAAAAGUCUUAAAUAGGCCUGCACAACAGAUCAUUUGGUGUCAAAAGGGACAGAAAAACAUGAAGGCACAGCUACUAUGCUGAGAGCCCAUUACCUUAGUUCUUAAACUUAAAGACAUGAUUGCAGUGUACGUGACGAACAAGAUAAACUAUGCGCCACCACUUUCCAAUUCACUCCAGCCAACUCGUCCCUAAUUCGCCCCUGGCAAACUGGCACCCUAUGCACCUCAAUAAACAUGUAGCCUAGUGUGCAUUAACAUUAUGCUAGAGUUAGAAUGAAGUGCUAUUUCCUGAGUGAUUUCACGAGUCUUGUCUACAUAUUAUGAACAGCUAAUUUGACUUGCGACAAUUAAUGUUAUACCGUAUCCAAUUUUAAAUCAUAUUGAUGGCUUUUUCUGUCUUUGGUUUGUGUAUUGUAUAGCAUUACAGUAUGUAUUUUUGUUAUUUGUUGGCUUUUCUGCAACUUCUUUCUUUGCGGAAAAGCCUUUAUUCUCUUCUGACUUUUAACUUUUACAAACCGUUUCUGCGGAAAAGACUGAUUUUGUCUUCUCUGAUUGUUCUUCGUUAUUCCUGUUCUAUCCCCAAUCCAAUAGACUUGUACUUGAAUUUUCUAGAUGGCACUUUGGGCACUUAAUAAACUCAUCAUGAUGAACUCAAGUGUCAUGUGACGUCAUCUUAAAGGUGCCAUUUUGAAAGUCCUAUAUCUUUAGAACUACAACUCCUAUCGGGUUGAAACUUUGUAUGUAAAUAGUCAGGAAUUGUUAUAGAUAGGCUAAACAUUGAAAUGACGUCUGAUGACGUUUUAUUUAUUUUUUUAGCUCAUUCGUAUAUCUCACGAGCGAAACAUGCUUCAUUCAAAGUUGUUUUUAUAUUAUUUUUGAUAGGUCAUAUGAAUAUGACCUAUAAUUUCGAGAAAAAUUGUGACGUCAUCAUGAGGUCUUCAGAAAUGAACUGCUCCAAUCAAUCUUUUAAAGCACAGACAUCCAAAAAAGGUUACAUUUCGAGUAUAUUUGUUGAAUAUUUUCUUUGCUCUAGUACAAUUUCGUACAUUCCGUUUUGAAUGUUAGAAAGUGGAACACAUUACAUUGAUAUCCUAUCCACUUGCCUUGUACAAAGAUUUGUGCUUGUUUCAAGUUGUAUCGCUUUUCACAGUGAUACAAUUAUAGCCUUUUACCACCGAUGACGAAUUCAUCUCACGCUAUAUU